UAAUCUUUAAGCUUAUGUACUUCUAUACCCUUGAAUUUGAAGAUUUAGCUAUUGAGGGUAUUAAAUAAUUCAAAAAUAGAUUUAAGAGAGAAAGAGGAGAUAUAACUUAAUGAAGAGCGAAUUUAUGAUAAUUAUUAAAGUUCUUACUUAGAACUUAAAUAGGAUUAAACUUUUCAUGGAUAUCUACAAGAGGAACCAGUCUUGAUCUUUAAUUGUAUUGAAGAGGUGCCAAAAAGGAAACCAAAUUCAAUCGUUAAAAAAUCAAAAAAAAUAAAAAAAUCUGACUCAGAAACAGAUGUAUUGUCUUAGCAAAAAUCUAAAAAACUUAAAUUAUCAAAUGAUGUAGCUCAACUUUAAUAAUGUUAAACGUUAAAGACCAUUAUUUCCUCAAUGGAAGCUAUAUUGCAAUAAACAAAAAGACGUAUUCUUGAUUAGUAUCUAUAAAAUCAAAAACAAGAAUGA